AUGGCCACCACUCUUCCGUUCCGACCGUCCGACGAUGCUGCGCAUCCAUUUCCUUCCGUAUCGAACCCUUCGAAGCCCAAUGGCCUGCCCCGGUUGUCUCCAUCUCCCUCGGUCGUCAAGAACAGAUCUCCCAGCAGCUCAAGAUCUUUGCGUCGGCCCUCCGGAGAUCAUCUCGCUGCCCCUCGUUCCUCCAGACCCCGACGAUGCAAGUCACAAUACCCUUUAGACUCGUCGGAGCGCCAUGUCGAGUACAUCCUCGUCGCGUCCUUCCACAUUGACCGGGGCCCGAUCAUGGAACAUCAGUAUCCGGCGCCCAUUAGCGGAGAUGAGAGCAUGCUCGCGGAAUUGAUGUUGCCGGACCAGACGCAUGUACGCAGCCAAGACUGGACCAUAUUUUUCUUGCACAAGGACACCAGUGCGGAGGGAGAGGACGGGGAUUCAACAACAGCGAAGAAAAAACGUCGGAAAGGGCGAAGGGCGGAGCAGAACCCAGACAACGAAGCGGACGACAAUAGCCAGGACGAAGAUACCGAUGCUCUCACGGAAGAGAGCAGCGACGAGGAAGACGAUGGUGACGAGGGGCCACCGUUGAUGUACGUGCUUAAUCUUGUGAAUACAAAGCAAGAUAACACAGUCAGACGAGGUGCGGUGGUCAAGGCUAUGGCAAUCUGUACACGCCAUUCAUUCCUUCAUAUCUAUAAGCCCUUGCUAUUACUCGCGCUGGAGGACUAUUUCAAGUCGCCGUACCCCGAGACUCUGGCGACGCUGUACAACGCCGUCAACGAGAUGGAUCUGUCAUUGAUGCCCAAGCUUUCGCUCCUGGAACGACAGAUUUUGCAGGCUAGUAAUGCGAAGGACAUGUUUAUCGAAAAAUUCGAGCAGAUGAUCCAGCAGCGACUGAUCGAGGAGGGAGAGCCCGUGGAAGACACCCCGCCAUCGCCCAAAAAACCCGCCCCUCGGUAUGCGCUUCCCCGCGACACCCACGAGUUCGAAUCGCGAGUCAUUUACAAUGACAUUCCCAUUCCUGUCAAAGUGCCAACUGUUAUAUGGCCCGAGAUUGUGGGAGACUUCUCUCUCAUCAAGCUCAUCCAGACGUUCUCUACUGUUCAUGCCACAGCACCUCAGCCCUUUCCGCUUCACCCGCACUUGACCACCAAUGGUUCCUAUACGCACCCGAUCAUUGUCCUUGUCAACGCCAUGCUCACCCAGAAACGGGUGAUCUUUUUGGGCCACAAUCGACCCUCGGGCGAAGUAGCAGAGGCAGUUCUGGCCGCCUGCGCUCUUGCGUCCGGUGGGAUCUUACGUGGCUUCACAAGGCAUGCCUUUCCCUAUACCGACUUGACGAAGAUCGAUGAUCUUCUGAAAGUUCCUGGCUUUAUCGCUGGAGUCACGAAUCCCACGUUCGCAAAUCAUCCCGAAUGGUGGGACCUUCUGUGCGACCUUCCCACCGGCAGAAUGAAGAUCAGCACGCACAUCGAGCCCGCCCCGGUUACGGAGGGUCUACUGUAUUUUCAACAGAGCUCUUUCCUGCAAAACUACACGCCGAGCGCCCAUCCGGAUCCCACCGGUGACAACGCCUUCAUGGAAGAUGUCCAACGGAGUAUCACUAACCGUUACGGAGAGAAUGCGAUCCGUGCGAAAUGGCGCGCAUACAUUACCAAAUUCACGCGCGUCGCGGCUGCGUUUGAGGAAACCGUGUACGGAGCUUCGAAUCUCUACAUCAUCGGGCCUAACGAGGAGCUAUCUCCGGAGAGCCCGAGUGGUGUCCAAGCCGACCCUCUGGACCCCACAACGUUACGUGGCCAUGGCUAUGUGUGGCCCGACGAGGCUACGAAGCAGCGAGAAUUGAUCGCCUCUGUGUCGCGAAUCGAAGGCUGGCGCACGACACGGUCCUACUACUCGUUUAUACAGGAUAUCGCGGCCAUGUACUACCCCGCGAGACCAAUCCAGAAACCUGACCUGCACCAUCACCAUGAUCGGCUGCGCACAUUGCGGCUAUCUCAUGCCGACGCUGGAGCCAUCUACCUUGCCUUUUCCCAUGCUGUCAAGGACUAUGCAGGCAUAUGCCAGCUUCUGACGGUGACGCCAGAAAGCCAAGCUGGUCUUUUCUACAUCAGCAUGGGCCUCUUUCACCCCAAUCAGACCGUUCGUGAAACAACAGCCGAUCUUCUAGAUCGAAUAGCUGCUCACCCCGCCGGCCGACACUUCUGGGCUCAACUCAGCCGCUUCAAUAGACUGGCGUACUUCCGAGUCCGACGGGAGAGGGAUGCAGCGCAAAGCCCUAUCUCAGGGACGGGGUCGAGCUUUGGGGCGCCCCAAUCUCUCAUUGGAAUCGCCACUGGCAAUGCCUCGAGGCGCAGCUGA